AUGUACGGACGACCUCAGCCAGAUCCCCCAUCGCAGCCUGAAUGGCGAGUGCCGCCGCGACGCACGGUGGGCCAGCAGUCAGAGGGACCUCUUCCUCCUCCGCCACCUCGUCCGCAGACGACAGGCGCAUAUAGCCCGGCAACAUACGGCCCGAUCUCAAACUCCUCAGCGAAUGCAGGCACGUCACCUGUGACAGGGCCUGGUGGGGAUCCGAGAACUUGGGGUGUGCGGUACAACCAGCAACAACAUCCGAUUUAUGCUCCGCCUCCUUUGCCGCCUCGGCCAUCAAGUACCAACGAGCAACCUUAUGCCUAUGCGCCGCCGCAAACGCUGCCCAUAAACAACAGCAUCUCCCCUCCGCUGCCGACGCAUAUUGUCGAAUCUUUCUCAGAUGCUCAGCCUCCGUCGUCCUCAUUAACUACCCCACCACCCUAUACAGAGCAUGUAGCUCCGGCUCCAGCUCCAGCUCCAGCUCCAUCUCCCGUUCCGCCCCCGCCUCCCAAAAAACCUCAAGGAUACCAGCCAACCCCGCCGCCCGUUCAGCACCUGCCGGAACGGCCUCCGUUGCUCGCGCAAGGUGCAGGCCCGGCCGCGACACAGGGCUCAUAUGGAUUCCCCGGGAGUACUCCUAUCAAUACCAAUGUAGCCCCAGCGGGCCCCUCAGCUUUGGGGCCAGGCACACCCUCCGAUUGGGAGCAUUUGGGACCAACGCCAGGGGAAUUCGAUGAUGGCCCGUGGUUUCCACCUAGGAGGCCUCCACCUCCGCCCGAAACUCCAACGUAUAACCUACUUCAAUCACCCGAUUCAAUCACAACUCCUCCGGGAUACUCAACUGGAAUGCCACAUCCCGCGGCUACCGUCCCAGCAAACGCGCCCCUCCCGCCGCGGGUAGAUACAGCGCAGCCACCGCCGGCACAGGUUUAUCAAGCAGAUCAUUCACGGAGGAAUGAUUCAAUGUCACCGAUCAGCCCUGCAAGUACGCAUGGUGGUCCGCAGGCCGGUUUCCCGACUCGGGUGGACAGCGUUAGCUCUGGUGUUUCUUCAUUUGGGGGUCGUGCCGACAGCAUAGACAAUGUCAUUGAUGCCUGGGUGAAGCCAUUGUCGCCUCCAUCCAAGGCAGUGCAGUCAGAUCUCCCACCUCAGAGUCAUCGAGCCACUCCGGUUGCGGUCGCUCUGCCAGCACAAAGCAGCCCGCCUCCUGCUCAAGAUUCGAGGGUUUUAUCAAGUCCUGCUCCAGUACCUGCUCAACCCGAAGAGGCGCGGCCAACCACCGUAGCUCCUAGAGAACCAGAUCCGUACGAGGAUCUCGAUCCAUGGUUCAAGUCUUCUUUGACGCGCUAUAUUGCAAUGCUACGCAAAGAGGCAGUGGCUGACUCGGACGAGGAGCGCUACAAGAUCUUCACUGCCUUCACGGCCAAGGAGACCAAGCUUCGUGAGAUCCUUUAUAAUAUCGAACAUGAUCCGCAGGAUGCCCAGCCAGCCCCUCGUAUCUCCGAGAUAACCCAAAAACGGUCGUCUCCUGUCUCGGACAAUGGCAAGCCAGCAAUUGAAUCCGGGCUGAUCCCGGUGGAUUCAGAAAAAGUUCGAUCUCCAACCACAACAAAUACAGAUGACGGAAACGACGUCGAUGAUACAGCCAGCGAAUAUAGUGCAGGAGGUCGACCCCUUCUCGCCAAACGAGCCCGCCACGCCUCUCAAUGGACACCCAAGCUCUCAGCGCUUCCAUCGGGUGAGGUUCCUACCGAACGUCUUGUCAAGACUCCUUCAAGGCAGUUCUCGCUAGACGAUGUCCUUCAAAAUCAGGAAGUUGAGCCGCUCAUGACAAAUCCCCCGCGACCAAUCUAUACACCUUUCCAGUACACUGAAGGCCCCCAGCGUGGCUCAGACAACCUGACUUUUGAUCGCCCGGCAUAUCAGGCCUACUCUGAACUUCGACAAGCUUCAGCCGUGAGCGGGCGAAUCAUGUCAAACGUUCCUCCACCUAUACUUCGAUCAAGGUCCGACACUAUUCCAACGUCUCCGGCUACCGAUGAACACAAUGAGACCUUCCUUGGCCUCAUUCGUGGUAAGAGCAGCGCCUAUCAAAAAUCAGAUCGCCGGGCAACCAUCACAACCCCGUUGCUUCCGGCGCCUCUUCGGCAAGGGCGACGAUCUGAUGACCCGGUAGAAGAUCUUCGUGCCAUGGUUUGGACUCCCCUGGACAAGCAAUCUGAAAGUUCGUGGCAUAUCACAACUCGGAAAGAGCUGGAACCCUUUCCAGAUGACUUUUCGUACAUUCAAGAAACAGUGGAUAAAUGGGAGAGUUCCGCAUCAGAACGCCGGUCUAAACUAGACCAGGAACGCAACUCUCGUCAGGAGGAGUCUGAGGCUCAGAUCGAUGAUCUCUUUAAUGGCAAGGAGAUUGGGUAUGCUGAUAUCAACACACUGGAAGAGGAUUUCCGCCAAAGUGAAGCUCGCAUUCAGCUGGAUGAGGAGCGAGAGGAGGUCGAUGAUUUCAUCGAACAAGUGUUCAACCCUCUAGAUGAGCGUCUGAAGAAGGAAAUUUCGUUGCUCCGCAAAUCCUACGAGUCGGCACUUAAUCAACUGGAUCGAGAUCAAAAGGGGAAGAGCUCGCCAGUUGAGCAAUGCAGCCCAUCGGUGACCAUGAAAUUGGUCAAUGAUAUCCACAGCAAGCUCGAGAUUCGUUUCCAGAAGAGGCUCGAGAUUGCCCUGGACUGUGAGCGUCGUCGCAAAAAGGCUGAGCGCCGGCCCCUCGUGUUCAUGGGAGACAUGGCUAGCCUUCGCAAGUUGGAUGGGGAUUUUGACCGUAUGGAGAAGCGGAACAUUUUGGAGGCGGCCAAGGAUCGUGACGACCGAGCCAAUCGGCUGAUGGACUCGUUCGAUGACGCGAUCCUGCACGGGCUAGGUAUGAAUCAGAGCCUCCUGGACGAGCUUGCGACCAAAGCAGCCCGGCUAGACCCCACGAUCCUCCAUGCCUCCAACCUGCCGGAUUCUGAAGUCGAACAGAUCCUCAAGUCCGCGGCGACGUUCGCGACGUCGCUUUGCAAAGAUUCGGAGGCGAUUCUCCGGAGCUCCGCGGUUGCGGAAGUAGCCCUCAACGACGCCGACUACAACGUCUCCGUCGCCGAAGCGCGAUAUGCGGACUCGGAACCGGAUAUCUUCCAGCGGCUUGAGAUGGAGAAAAAGAAAGAAGAUGCAAUUCUUCAAGCAGAUUUGGAUACCAAGCUGCAGAGCAUCCAAAAGGGCCCGCAGGAGAUCGAGUCUACUACUCAGCGCUUGCUUGAGGGUUUGAAGAAGACUCCUAAGCCCAAGGUUCCGGCUCCGGCUCCUGCUCCUCCUCCCGUACGGGUUCCAACCAAGUCUCCAAGUCCUCCGGCGGCACCUGCGCCCGAGGAGGCAGUCCCAGCGAAUCGGCCAGCUAAUAUGCUGCCGUUGGAACUUCGCCCUGCAACUAUUGCGCCCAGUCAAACUCCCACCCCACCUCCGGCUAGUCGACCUGCGGUGGACCCAGAGGCGGAACACAAAGAGAGGCUGCGUAAAGCGCUGGAGGAUGCCAAAAAGCGCAAUGCAGCCAGAGCGGACCAAUAA